GAGUCCGAUAAGACCAUACCCACGCCCACACACUCUCUUCGCUACCCGUUUCUCUUUCAUAUAAGAGAGAACACCCAAGCACUACAAGCCCAACAAAUCUGAGACAGGAUUUCCAGGCUUCCUCAGAUUUGCCAUCACUUCUCAUUCUACCGUUGUUGCCACUCCUAAACUUGUUUUUUCCAAUGCCUCGAAGUCUAGAACCGUUAGAUUUGACCGUUCAGAUUCCAUACCAUUUUCGGUGUCCGAUCUCCCUUGAACUAAUGUGUGACCCGGUCACCGUUAAUACAGGCCAAACUUACGAUCGUUCUAGCAUCGAAUCAUGGGUGGCUACCGGUAAUACUACCUGUCCGGUUACCCGAGCCCUACUCACCGACUUCACUUUAAUCCCAAACCACACUCUUCGCCGUUUGAUUCAAGACUGGUGCGUGGCAAAUCGCGCCUUCGGCGUGGAACGAAUACCAACUCCCAAACAGCCAGCCGAACCGAGCUUAGUUCGUUCUUUAUUAAGCCAAGCUGCUUCCGAGUCAAACCCAACUCACUCUCGCCUCUCUGCUCUCCGUCGACUCAGAGGACUCGCUCGUGAUUCGGACAAGAACCGUUCUCUCAUUUCUUCGCAUAACGUUCGCGAAAUCCUGGUCAAUCUCGUGUUUUCAAGCAGUCAAUCAUUAGAGUUGAGCCACGAGUCACUCGCGAUCCUGGUUAUGUUUCCACUCACCGAGUUCGACUGUGUGGCAAUAGCUUCAGACCCCGAGCGGAUCAGUUGUUUAGCAAAUUUACUAUUUCAUUCAUCAAUCGAAGUCCGAGUCAACUCGGCUGCACUCAUCGAGAAUGUUAUUGCGGGAACAAGAUCGUCAGAUCUUCGGCUUCAAAUUAGUAACAUGGAGAUUAUCUUCGAAGGAGUAAUAGAUAUCUUGAAAAAUCCUCUAUCGUCUCCUCGAGCGCUUAAAAUUGGGAUAAAAGGGCUCUUCGCUUUAUGUCUAGUUAAACAAACUAGACAUAAAGCGGUGUCCGCCGGAGCGGCGGAGACAUUAAUCGACAGGCUGGCAGAUCUUGAUAAAUGUGAUGCAGAAAGAGCCCUUGCUACAAUAGAAUUGCUUUGCAGAAUACAAGUUGGUUGCGCAGCAUUCGUAGCGCACGCGCUGACUGUUCCGUUGUUAGUUAAGACUAUUCUGAAGAUAUCGGAUAGAGCGACGGAGUACGCGGCGGGAGCGUUGCUGGCGCUGUGUUCAGCGUCGGAGCAGAGUCAAAAGGAGGCAGUUUGCGCAGGAAUACUGACGCAGCUGCUGUUGCUAGUACAGAGUGAUUGUACUGAUAGAGCUAAGAGGAAGGCACAGAUGUUGUUGAAGUUGUUAAGGGAUUCAUGGCCUGAGGAUUCUGCAGGGAAUUCUGAUGAUUUUGUCUGCAGUGAGGUGGUGCCUUUUUGAUGAUUGUCUCGGUGAAUGUUAAUUACUUUCUAAUUCUAAAACUUUAAUUUUCUAGUUUUUAUUAGUUGAAGGAAGAGGGGAAAAAAGUCGGAAAUUGAGGUUUUAGAUUUCGUAUAUAGAAGCUUUGUUGUAAUUUCGUGUACGUAAGAAUUUUUGCUUAAAAGAUUUUUAAGGAAAAAGUUGAAAAGAAAAUGAAAAGUUAGAUCUUCUUUUUCUUUGUA